AUGUGUAAUCAGAGCAGACAAGCACGCCGUGAAGAACGAUUACUCCGCCGUGAAGAAAAACAUCUCCGUCGUCAAGAGAAGCGCAGGCUCAAAGCUGAGAAACAUGCUAUUCGCCAGGAAUUACGUAACCUCAGACGUAACAGCGAUCCGGCUGCGUUUCAUCUCCAUUCGAACGUAACCUCUCCUUCUGCUCAAACUUUCAAUUAUUAUUAUCACUAUUGCUCGCAAAUGCCAGGCGUACAACAAACGACUCAAUUAAGACCAGUAGAUCCGGCACAGGUGGAAGAGAUGGUUGCAACAUUGAGAACAAUGUUUCCGGAUU